AUGGGUGCCGCCCUCACGUCCCCCGUCUUUAAAGACUAUGGUGAAUUCUUCAUGAAUAGCAGCAACAUCCUCACUGUCCCCUAUCAAAAUGUCACAGCCGCUUUCAGGGUGCCCGUUGCCAUCAACUCUACAGCCAUAAAUGGCUUCGACUGGACGCAGCCGUACCCGGGCUCCCGCAUAGACGGCCACACGGCAAACCUCCAGGUCGCCCAGGAAAUGGCCUUGUCUGCGUCUCUCGUGGAGAAUGCAACCACUGUCCUGUCGUCGCUGACAUUUGGUAUUCCGGACAGCAUGACCUCUCGCGGCCACCCACUGGCCAUGGACCCUUCGUGGUACAUCUGUCGCCACGUUUUCAUCUCUACCAAACCCGAUGCAAAGCAGGCUGUCGAUGGUGGCAGCAAGUGCGGUUUCCUAUCCCAGUCAUGCCGGGCUGAUCUCAAGACGAGCCUUACUCAAGAUUGGGGACAAGCAGCCGACGGCACUAUGUGCUCAGCGCUUGGCUUUGACGCCAUACCACGGAGCUGUCAGGCCUCGUUUGGUUUAGCCCGCCAGGACGUCAUGGCUUUUGACGCUGCCUUUGUCGCAAAUACCACCCUUGGCCCGGCGCAAACGAGCAAAGAGCAGCAACUAUACAGCUGGCGCAUCGGCACUGGAUAUCACGAUCCUGGCGAUGCUCGCGCCUACGCCUUGGCCGCAAACCGGACGUACCUCGUUGCUACCGUCUGGGGCUACAGCCAGAGUGCAAAGUCUAUUAAAGUCCCUGAGGUGUCGUUUGGUUGUCUCUCGUCUGGCGCAAGUUAUGUUCCGCCACCUCCUGCCCCUUCAUCAUCCUCCCCAACUUCAACUGCAGUAUCGACUGCGGCAUCCACUACAGCGUCAACGUUCACCUCAGUCCCAUCUCCGACAGCCAUCCGCAAUAAGGCCGCCUUUGGCGAUGACAUGAGCAAGGCUAAAGUUAACAUCCGGGAUGGAAUAUAUACCAGCGGCAUGACGGUUAUGCGAGCUUUUAACAAGGGUGCCAUCUUUGGCAACAUUCAAAUCUCGACACUGGCCUUUAGGGAUGACUUCUCGAGCGACACCAUGGGCAAGUGGACAAUCAUCGAUGGCAAGUACCAAGUCUCGUCCAAUGCCGUUGUAUUGUCGGCCUCGCCCAUCGCCAAGGCCCUCACCACCGGCCUCAUCUCCAAAGACUUGGUCUACGAGGCCGACAUCUUCAUCGACUCCGCUUCCGGCAACGGCGACGGCGGCUUCAUCUUCCGUGUGUCCAACGCAAAGGCAGGUCCGGAUAGCUACAACGGGUACUAUGCUGGUAUCGGCAACGGACUCGUCGUGCUUGGCCGCGCAGACAGCAAUUGGAAUAGGCUUAAGACGGUACAGGCUGCGGAUAUCAAAGCGGGACAGAAGCAUCACUUGAUGAUUCGAGCGAGAGGAGAUUCUAUUUCUGUCUACGUGGAUGACUUGAAUACGCCGAGGAUGGUGGUCAAGGAUGGAAAGUAUGCUACUGGGCUGAGUGGCAUUAGGGCAUACAUGACAACCCUGUCUAUGCAACGCGUUCAAGAUGAGGACAAACAACUCGAUCCUAGUUUUAUUUGGAUAUUGCAACUCUUGUAUACUAGUCAGAGUACUGUCUUGGCUGGCCGCCUUUUAACUCACUCUGGGCCAUCUUCCUUUCUUUGGUUGAUAUCAAACAUCAUGCUGCCACUCCUGUUCAUGACGGUCUUCCUCGCCGCCGGCGUCACGGCCAACAAAGCCGCUGCAAAAUACCAAGCCCUGUUCUUCUACCAACUUUACAGACUCGAAGUCGACGCUCACGGCCUCGCCAACUCACGCAUGGCGCCUGGCUGCGUCAAAGCCGGCGGCGUCUGCGACUUGGAGGCCUUCAUAAAGGAAGUCUGCACUGUCAAAAAGAAACCGAAGAGAGACGCCAGCGGCAACAUUAUCAGGCUUCCGAAUGGCAAACCGGAACUACUCAUGGAGCCCGAUUUGGCCAAGAUCGUCUGGGCGCACGUCGGCGAGGGUGCGGACCUCGACGUCUUCAGCACUGAGUUUGACAAGUCUGGCUUCAGCGGCAAUUUUGACAACACGAAGAUCUUCAAGGGUUGGAAUCAGAAGGACACGUUUGAGACCGUCAUGACCGAGGCGGCGGAUAUUGGCACAAAGGCCAUUGCGAAGUUGAAGGCCGAAGGGAGGGAGCCUGCCGAUGACCGUGUCAACAAGAUGAUAGCUGCGCUCAAGACCCAUGGCGACGCCCGGCGCUACGAUCAGGCACGGAUGAUCACCACGGCGUUUCAAAAUGAGAUGAACAAAAGGAGGUUCACUGCUGCCUUAACUGCUCCCAUAGAGAGGCCGCCAGUGCCGGGUUACCGCAAGAUUGACGCGGUCCAGACCAUCAGUGAUAACGCUGGUAGAGCGGGUUUUCAGAAGAUAGAGUCGGACGUGCGCGACUAUGUCACCAACUUUAACAGCGCUGGACUAUCAAAGAGCCAUGUCGACGCUAUUGUCAAGACGCAAGAUGUACACAACCAUUUUGCUCAGGUUUGUCAAACAUGA